AUGGCCGGCACGCAGCUUAUAGCCAACUACAAGUCCCCAACAUCCACGCAGACGAUCUCGUUCGAGUUGCCUGCGUUACCGCCGAAAGAAGGAGGAAGCGUGCAGGACAAGACGGCGUAUUUAUCUGCUCUGCGUGCAAAGGCGGUGGAGAUGCAGAGUGAGAUCAAUACGUUCUUGACGCAGAAAAUGGAGGAGGAUAAAGCUGCGGAGGCUGGCAAGAGUGCAGUGGCGGAUCAGAAGGAAGAGGAGAACUACGGCGAGGAGGAUCCCGAGAAUGAUGCGGAGCAACAUUGA